AUGUCAACACGUCGUGCAAAUCCAUUAGAUAUUCAAAUGCUUAGUUCGAAAUUACAUGAGCAAUUAUUUUCAUCAGUGGGUGAACCGGAGUAUUCAGAGUCAAAUACUAUGACAUCAAAAACUCAUCUUAAAAAAUUUAAUCUUGGUUCCACACCAAGUGAAAUACUCGAGGAUAUUGAAUUUGAUAUACCAAAAUUAAAAAGUAAAAAUUUAAAUGAACAUUUUCAAAUAAUUGCAAAAAAACAAUCAAAACCAUAUGUUGAUCUUAUUAAACAACUAAUUCAAAGUAAAAUACCACCACAACCAACGAAAUGGGUUUAUGCAAAAGGAUGGACAAAAUAUUCUGGAAAUGGUGAAAUAACAACUUCUGUUGAUUAUCCAGAUGAAAAAGUAAUGGUUUUUGAUGUUGAAACAUUAGUUUGUGAAGGAAAUUUUGCUGUUUUGGCUGUAGCACUUUCACCUAAGCAUUGGUAUUCUUGGUGUAGUUCUCGUUUAAUUGAUGAAGAAUUUCGUUUACAAUCAAAUGUUGAAUUAAAUGAUAUGAUUCCAUUAGAAUCUGAUCCAUCAAUACCAUCACUUGUUAUUGGUCAUAACGUUGCUUUUGAUCGUACAUAUAUUAAAGAACAAUAUCAAAUUGAAAGUACAGCUAUGCGUUUUCUUGAUACAAUGAGUUUACAUAUAAUGUGUUCGGGUUUUACACAUGCACAACGAUUACAAUAUCAAUCAUUUGAAAAAGGUGCAACAUUAAGAACAAAUGACAAAGAUGAAUUAACAGCAGAAGAAAGUUUGGAUGAACAAUAUUUAUCAAUGUUAUUAGCUAAUGAAAAAGAUAAAGAUAUGAAAACAUAUUCAAAAAUGCGUACUAUACAAAAUCUUCGAUGGAAAUUAGAAAGUAGUUUAAAUAAUCUUGUAUCUGUGCAUAAACUUUAUUGUCCAACAAAAAAACCAAUAAGUAAAGCAAUGCAAAAAAUAUUUGUUGAAGGAAAUAUUUCUGAUGUACGCGAACAUUUUCAGAACUUAAUGUCCUAUUGUGCAGAUGAUGUUAGAGCAACAUUUGAAGUAAUACAAGCAGUGUAUCCAUUGUUUCAAGAACGAUUUCCUCAUCCAGUAACACUAAGUGGUAUGCUUGAAAUGAGUCGAAUGUUUUUACCAAUUAAUAAUAAUUGGACAAGAUUUAUUCAUGAAGCUGAACGAACAUAUGAAAGUAUUAGUUCUGAUAUUCAACAUGUAUUAAUGCAAAUUGCAAAUGAAGCAUGUCAACAAGCUAUUGAUCAAAAAUAUAAAAAUGAUCCUUGGUUAUGGGAUCUUGAUUGGAGUACUCAAUCAAUACGUUUUCUUAAAUCAUCAAAAGCGAAAGCAUUACCAUCAAAAACUGAAGCAAAAGUAGAUAAUUCAAUUUUUAAAAUUGCUGGAAAUAUAUGGCCAACAAAAAUAAUGACAGAUAAUGAUCCAGAAUUAACUCCAAGUCCAGCUAUAAAAAAAAUUCUUGAUACACAUUCGACUUUAACAAAAAUUCAACCACAUAUGCCAGGAUAUCCAAGUUGGUAUCGUGACUUAUGUAUGAAACAACCAAAAAAUGAUGAUAAUGAAGAGGAAUCAACUUGGAAACCAGGUCCACAAUUAAUUUCUACAAAAAUGCGAGUUGUUCCGAAAUUAUUACGUUUAACUUGGCUUGGUUAUCCUGUACAUUAUGAUGACAAACAUGGUUGGGGUUAUCUUGUACCAGGUUUAGAAAUUGAUGAGGCAGAAAAAUCAACUGAUUUUCCUUAUGAAGCAAUUCAAAAAGUAUGUGAAGAAACAAAACCAUUUGAACGUAGUUCUACAAAUAUGGAACUACAAGAAAUUGAUGAUCGUUUGAAAAAAUUAGAAAGAGAAAUUGAAGAACUUGAAGGUAGAAAACAAGCGUUUAAAUAUAUGGAAAAUCUUUUACAACAACAAGAAAAAUUAAUAGAAAGACGUAGGAAACUUCUUCCGAAUGGUACACAAUGUACUAUUCAUCAAGGAAAUGGACCCUAUGAAGUACCAAAUGUACCUGGUUGUUGGUUUUUUAAAAUACCACAUAAAGAUGGGAAUGAAAAAAAUGUUGGUAAUCCAUUAGCAAAAUCGUUUGGUUCGAAAAUUGCUGAUGGUACAUUACGUGCUCAUGAAUCAACAUCUGCUAAAUGGCUUCUUCAAUGGAGUAAAAUGUUAAGUUAUUGGGAAAAUAAUGAAAAAAGAAUCAAAUCUCAAAUGGCUGUACAAAUCAAAGAUGAUGGUACAGGAAUUAUUUUACCUCGUGUUGUUGUUGCUGGUACAGUUACACGACGUGCUGUUGAACCAACAUGGUUAACAGCUUCGAAUGCUCAAACAGAUCGUAUAGGUAGUGAACUUAAAGCUAUGGUACAGGCACCGCCUGGUUAUUGUUUUGUUGGUGCUGAUGUUGAUAGUCAAGAGUUAUGGAUUGCUUCAAUUCUUGCUGAUGCUCAAUUUGCAGAAAUGCAUGGUUCAACAGCAUUUGGUUGGAUGAAUUUACAAGGAAAAAAGAAAGAUGGAACUGAUCUUCAUAGUAAAGUAGCUAAUUUAGUUGGUAUUAGUCGUGAUCAAGCAAAAGUAUUUAAUUAUGGACGAAUGUAUGGAGCAGGAAAAACAUUUGCAGAAAAAUUAUUAAUGCAAUUCAAUCAUGAAUUAACUGUCGAUGAAGCAAAAGACAAAGCAGAUGUUAUGUAUUCAAACACAAAAGGAAUUAAAGAUCGAAAAAGUGGUUUAUGGCGAGGCGGUUCAGAAUCGGAAAUGUUCAAUAGUCUUGAAGCAAUUGCUCGUAGUAAAACACCCGAAACGCCAGUAUUAAAAUGUCGAAUUAGUCGAGCACUUGAACCACAUAAUGUCGAUGAGGCAUAUAUGACAAGUCGUGUUAAUUGGGUUGUACAAAGUUCAGCUGUUGAUUAUCUUCAUUUAAUGCUUGUUUGUAUGAAAUGGUUGAUUGAUACAUAUAAUAUACGAUGUCGAUUUGUUUUGAGUAUUCAUGAUGAAGUUCGAUAUAUAUGUCAUAUUGAUGAUCGAUAUCGAGCAUCUCUUGCAUUACAAAUUACUAAUUUAUUAACUCGUGCUAUGUUUGCUAGUUGUUUAAACAUGAAUGAUUUACCAGCGUCAGUGGCAUUUUUCAGUUCAAUUGAUGUUGAUCGAUGUUUAAGAAAAGAACCUUUUAUGGAUUGUAAAACACCGAGUAAUCCAUUAGGUCUUGAAGCAGCAUAUAACAUUCCACCAGGUGAAUCGUUAACAAUUAGUGAGAUUCUCACACUAACAAAUAAAACAUUAGAAUUACCGAAACCUCAAUCAUCAACAAAUAAACAAUUAGAGUUACAGGAACCUGUAACUAUUGUUGAGAAAUAG